AGUGUGGUCGGAGCCCCUUGCGCGACAGACACCCACCGCCAUGGCGCCUAUCAGUCUGAUCACCUUCUUUGGCCUGUUCCUGACCGUGACCUCGGAGGGCGUCUACAGCAGAGGACACGGAUAUGCCAUUGGCGUCACACCAAGGAAACGAUUCGUGGUCAAGACUGUUCCCGUGAAACGGGUAUCUCACGGUCGAAAGAGCACAGCUGUGUUCCGGAGCCCUUACGACAGCUACGAUGAGGCGGACGCCAUCCGCACGGCGGACCGUGACGUCCCCCACAAGGUCUCCUCCUACCUGCCGCCCUACAAGCCGGCCGUCGUGGCCAAAAAGGCCGUCCACGUACCGAUCCACACGCCGCACGACGUGCACGUGCCAGUCCAUGCACCCCACGACACCCAUAUACCAGUCCACACACCCCACGACACUCAUGUACCAGUCCACACCUCCCAUGACUCUCAUGUUCCAGUCCACGCCUCCCACGACGCACAUGUUCCAGUUCACGCCUCCCACGACGCACAUGUUCCAGUUCACGCCUCCCACGAUGCACAUGUUCCAGUUCACGCCUCCCACGACUCACAUGUUCCAGUUCACACCUCCCACGACCCACAUGUUCCAGUUCACGCCUCCCACGACGCACAUGUUCCAGUUCACGCCUCCCACGACGCACACGCUCCCGCCGUGGUCCUGUCCCACCCUGCCCCGAAGGCCCACGUGCCUGUCCCAGUGCCCGUGAGCCACGACGUGGCGCACGUGGCGCACGAGCCCGUGGCGUACCACUACGACUACCACGUGGUGCCUCCGUGCGCGCUGGCCAAUCAGCAGGUGUACAACAUCACCGUGUGUCUGGACGACGCUGAGUACCCUACGGAGACGAUUUUGCACGAGUUGAAGAGAGACCCUCUGCUGACGGCGCGGCUCAUGAGUGACGUCACCUACCAGUCAGCUGAUAACCUGGUGGACGGUCUGACCAAGGCUGAGGAGGAGCAGUACUCGCGGCAGCACUACUACGGAGAGGCCGGACAUGACGCUCACCUGCCGACGACCGGCUACGCCUACUCGGACAGUUACCAGCGUGACGGCGGCUACAUCUGCCCGUCUGACGUGUUCUAUGCCCGCGUGAAGCGCGCCGUCAAUACCUACAACGAGUGGAAGGUGAUUGUGAACAUGCCGGACGCCUUCGUCCACGAUCCCGCCUACAAGCAGUACGUCCAGACUUCCCGUCUCGAGAGCUGCGUACACCCGGGCGGCGCGUGCAGCUUCGUGGACCACCUGUUCCCCUCCUCCUGUCUGCAGAAGCAUGCCUUCGUCCGCCUGGUGGCGUACGACCCCAAACGAGGCCUGCAUGUCGACUCCUUCAAGCUGCCCUCUGCCUGCUCCUGCCACCUGGCGCCGAAGGGUGGAGUUUACCGUGCGUGAUCGCUGCGCCCGAUGCUCCUGCCAUCUGCUGACCAGGAGGAAAGUCUGCCACGCGUCAUCACCAAAGCUGGUGGUGUUGCACUCUGAUUCACUUGCAGGGGCGUAGUUUCAACAAAUGAGUUUGGGCUGAACAUUGAAAAAUGAUUCAGCUUACCGCCAAAAGAGGCCAACAAACAAGUCUCUCCCCAGAUUUGGCCCAUUUUCUUCCGUAACUUGGCGGGGAGCUGGAGUCAACGACCCCGCCCCCCCGUCGGGGGGGGGGGGGGGGGCGGGAGCCCCCAACUUCAAAUGAGUAGGAAACUACACCCCCGCUCACUUGUAUUUAUUUCACAGUGCUUUGGCUUGUCAAGUAUUGUAGGGGAUGUUUCCCACUCUGUGUCUGAGCUUUACAGCUCAGGCGAACGCUUCGUACGUUCCAUACGCUUGUGGAUGGACUCUCCCAGCAUCUCUCCGGAAUGCUCAACCGUAUUUCACUUUUUUAGGUUGUGGCGUUUAAGAAAGGUUCUUUCAAGCAUCCGUUGAACGUUCAUUGUCACGUUUUGCUGCAGUGUUGGUGAAAUAAACGCACCGCUUACGCUA